AUCCGUCAUCUCUCGUUGCGAGAAAAUGGCGGCGCCCGUAUGAUUUUGUUUCUGUGGUCGCACUUCUCAAUGUUCGAUUUUAUCGUUGUUUUUAUGUAAAUACUCGAUUUACCAUGCAUUCAAACGAAAAUGCUGCGGGCGACUUGCGAGUAAGAACGUACGUGCCCAUCGUUCCGGUGAAGCUACCUACAAGUACGAGCAUAUUGUCCUGAACACUGCCUGCACAGUACGAGCGCGCUUGCUUGGCAGGAACGCCGAGAACUCGGCGCCUGUAGCUUCUCCAAGAACGGGAUUUUGACCGCUGCCAUUUUCAGCGUUCACCAGGCAAGGCAGCAGCAUAUGCAAGAGAGUGCCGGCGUGCGCGAUUGCAGUGACAACACUUUUGUGACAGUGCGAUCAAAGGAACCAGAAGCGAUGAUGUGCUCCGUUCUCCAGUUCAGAAUGGACGUGGCUGGAAGCGAGUUACCCAUUGAGCUCAUCAUGCCCACCGAACAUCGCAACGGACAAGCGAUUCAAGGGAACAUCGAGUGCCCAGUGAUCUCCGGAGAGGACAAGUUUGGGUGCUGCUUCUGCAACUUCGUCACCGGAGACCCGCGUAAACAGGUCGAUCACCUGGUGGGCCUCGCUUGCCGACCUUUCGAGUGCCCACUCUGCCUCAGGUCCUUCCUCGACAGGUGCACCCUCACGCGACACGAGAGGAUGCACGCAGAAGGAACACCUUUCAAGUGUCCGCUUUGUCCCGCAGCGUUUCGUUCGAACCACAACCUGGCAAUUCACGCGCGAUAUCACUCCGUCGAUAAACCGUACAAGUGCCCACACUGUUCCGAGGCCUUCAAGCAGCACGAGGACCUGAGCAGGCACCUGCGAACUCACACGGUAGAGAGGCCUCACAAGUGCGACCAGUGCCUCGCAUCGUUUGGAUCGCGCUGCCAGCUGAAAGCCCACAUCCGUACCCACACUGGCGAAAAACCUUACAGAUGCACAAUCUGUCCAAAGGCAUUUGCCCAGUACACCUCUCUCGCGAGACACUUGCGGUCGCAUUCAGGCGAAAAACCUUACAAGUGCGUCCACUGCUCCAAGGCUUACAGGGACCACAAUGGCUUGAAACAACACCAACUAACUCACACUGGAGAGAGGCCUUACAGGUGCGACCAAUGUCCUGCGGCCUUGACCACUCGGUACCACCUGAAUGCCCACAUUCGUACUCACACUGGCGAAAAGCCUUACAAGUGCACGGUUUGUCCGAAGGCAUUCGGCCAAAGCUCAGCCCUCAACGCCCACUUGCGGAUGCACUCGAACGAAAAACCUUACAAGUGCCCGCACUGUUCCAAGGCCUUCAAGCACCUCAGUAGCCUGCGCCAUCACCUGCAAACUCACGUGGGAAAAGAGCCCUACAGAUGCGAGCAGUGUCCCAAGGCUUUUAGUUUGAGAAAGGAUCUCUCUAGGCACGAGCAGUUGCACGAGGAAGGUCGUGUCAGCUCUGGCGGUAUCGCUCCGACGGAGCAACCGACCCGGACUGACUCAGAUGGACCGAAGCAGUGCAUCGUUUUGAAUCUGAUUGCUCAGUAGCACCAUAUUCUGUGGGGAAAAUAAAUUAUCAUAAUCUAAUCCCUGAGGCAUGGAGAAAUAAAAUAAGAAACAAGAUUA